AUGGCGGACACUGACAUGUCGGACCAGCACGAAGCCAAGGAGGUCAUCGACAACAAGAUUAUCAAUGAAGAGUACAAGAUAUGGAAGAAGAACUCCGUCUUCCUCUACGACAUCAUGUACAGCCGCGCCCUCGACUGGCCCACCCUCACCACCCAGUGGCUGCCCGACGUCAAGGAGCUGCCAGGCAAGCAGUUCCGCCAGCACCGCAUGAUCAUCGGCACCCACACCUCUGGCAUGCAGGCCGACUUCCUUCAGAUCGCCCACAUGAACCUGCCACAGCCGCCAGCCGCGACAUUGGCCGAUUACAACCCGUCGAGCGAAGAGCUGGGCGGGUACGGCGCGAGCAAGCAGCCCAUCACCUACAGCGUCGUGCAGAAGAUCACACAUCCGGGCGAGGUCAACAAGGCGCGGUACCAACCACAGAACCCCAACGUCAUUGCGACCUGGUCGCCCGACGGCAACCUCUACGUCUGGGAUCGCUCGAAGCACCCCUCUGUCCCUCCGCCAAACGGAGAAGUCAAGCCUCAGGUCACACUCAAGGGACACUCAGGAGAGGGUUUCGCCGUGGAGUGGAAUCCGUACGCAGAGGGCCAGCUCCUGUCGGGUGCGGAAGACAGCAAGGUGAAUCUGUGGGAGAUCGCGCGCGAUUUCACCAAGGACAAUACCACCCUCGCACCGGCCCGCACAUUUACACAACACUCGGCUGUCGUCAACGACGUGCAGUACCACCCUCUGCAUGGCAAGAAUCUCUUCGGCUCCGUGUCAGACGACCUUACCUUCUGCUUCAUGGACAUCCGCUCUAAGAGCAACGAUCGUGCUGCGAUUAAAUUCGUGGAUGCGCACAAAGAUGCCAUUCAAACGCUGGCUUUCCACCCGAAGCACGACAAGCUCUUCGCGACUGGAUCCAAGGACAAGACGGUCGGCAUCUUCGAUCUCCGCUUCCCGAACCACGGCAAGAUCCACAGUCUCGAAGGACACAAGGAUGCCGUCAACAAGGUGGACUGGCAUCCAUCAGAGUCUGCCAUCAUCGCCUCUAGUUCCGACGAUCGCCGUAUCAUCUUCUGGGACCUAUCAAAGGUCGGCGCAGAGCAGACUCCAGAGGACGCCGAGGAUGGACCUCCGGAGAUGCUAUUCAUGCACGGCGGUCACACUAACAGGGUCUCCGACUUUUCGUGGAACAGGAACGAUCCAUGGGUCAUGUGCUCGGCAGGAGAAGACAACCUCAUCCAGAUUUGGCGAGCGAGCAGACACCUAGUCGAGACUCCGCCGACUGCUGUGCCUCGAAGGGAAGUGAGCGAUGCCUAG